CCUCACGCCGCGCCCGCGUAUAAGGCGUUCUGUCGUUUACAUUCGGCGUCUUUCGCGACCCACAACAAACAACAUCUUUUUCAGUCGCCAUGGCGUCAGUACAGGCCGCGCCGGGCAUGACCGGCCCGGGGCAGCUGCCUGGCAACCUGACCAAGGAGAUGGUCCAACAGGUCUACCAUCGAUACACUCAGAUGAGAAAGAACGGCGUUCCCGAUACCGACCCGGAGCUCAUCAAGGCGCGCAACCUUCUCUCUGCUGUGCAAAGGCAGAACUUCAUAAAACAGCAGCAGCAGACUCAGGCGCUGCAACAACAGCAGCAGCAGCAACAGCAGAUGCAGCAAUCUCAGCAGGGCCAGUCGAACCAACAACAUCCACAGCAAAACGGCGCCGCUAUGGCCAUGUCAAAUGGCACUAAGCCCGCCAUGCCCGUCGAUGGCAAGACCGCAGCGUCUGCGCAGCCGUCUACCACCCCGUCCUCUGGCGCUCAAGUUGCAUCAGCAGCCGGACACGCUCCCACAGCAGACGGUCAGACGCCUACUUCCGCGACUAGUGCAAACGCUACAUCCUUUUCACAAGACCAGCUCAUGCUCCUGCGAAAGCAGAUCGCGGCCUUCAAGCACUUGUCCAAGGGUCUACCACUCCCCACAAAUAUGCAGCAGCAGCUCUUUGCUACUCAACAGGCAAAGAAAGCCCAAACUACGGCUGAUGCUGUCGCCGCUGCUACCCAGGUCCUCGACAGCGCCACUCGAGCAGCAAGUGCUGGCGCAAGCGGCGCGGUGCAACCCGGAGCCAAAGUCACCCGCAUGCCGGACAAGUACUACGACCCGUGGGGCGAGGACUAUAUCAUGAAGGUUAACUACACCUCGCACACCUCCCGAACGCAGCGGCCGUAUCUCUCAUCCAUCAUGCCCCUGGGCAUCGACAUCGACGAUGUUCGGCGCAAGAUGGGCUCCGUGAGGGAUGCUCGGGAGCGGGAAGCUCGCGAAGUCAUUCUCUACAAUCGCCUGACAUCCAGGAAGGCGGAGCUAGAGAAGAUUCCAGCAAACAUUGGCUCGUGGGAUACCAGCCGGACCGACACCCCCGAAGAUGAUGGAAAAGUGAAACUCGCAUUGAUCAUUGAGCAGAAGAUGUUGAACCUUCUCCCCAAGCAACGCGCCCUUCGGAAACAGAUAGGCCGGGAGAUGAUCCACGCCGACAACCUUGCCAUGACUGCCAACCGAACGAUAUAUCGCCGCCUCAAGAAGCAGUCGUUGCGCGAGGCUCGCCUCACUGAGAAACUUGAGAAGCAACAGCGCGACGCUCGGGAGACCAAGGAGAAGAAGAAGCACCACGACUUCAUCGAGGCCAUCCGCAAGCACCGUGGCGAGCUGAACGAAGCAAGCACAGCCCAGCGACAGCGUCUGCAGAAGCUGGGUCGCACCAUGAUCUCCACCCACCAGAACAUCGAGAAGGAAGAGCAGAAGCGUGUCGAGCGAACCGCCAAGCAGCGUCUGCAAGCUUUGAAGGCCAACGACGAGGAGACCUAUCUCAAGCUUUUGGGACAAGCCAAGGAUACCCGUAUCUCGCAUCUCCUCAAGCAGACUGACGGCUUUUUGAAGCAGCUGUCCGCUUCAGUCAAGCAGCAGCAGCGCAAUCAAGGCGGUCGCUACGGGCUCAAUCAACUAGAAGACUCGUCAAGCGAAGAACUAAGCGAGGCGGAAUCUGGUGACGAGGCUCGUCCCGGCAAGAAGCGAACCGACUACUAUGAGAUUGCACACCGCGUCAAGGAGAAGGUCUACGAACAGUCCUCAAAUUUGGUUGGUGGCACGCUUAAGGAAUACCAGCUCAAGGGCCUAGAGUGGAUGAUCUCUCUCUACAACAACAACCUGAACGGUAUCCUUGCCGAUGAAAUGGGUCUGGGCAAGACAAUCCAGACCAUUAGUUUGAUCACGUACCUCAUCGAGAAGAAGCAGCAGCCUGGCCCCUACCUCGUCAUCGUGCCGUUGAGCACCCUGACUAACUGGAACAACGAGUUUGAGAAGUGGGCUCCUAGCGUUUCUAGGAUCGUGUACAAAGGUCCUCCGAAUGCUCGAAAGCAGCAUCAACAGCAGAUCCGCUGGGGACAGUUCCAGGUGCUGCUGACCACCUACGAGUUCAUCAUCAAGGACCGGCCGAUUCUCAGCAAGAUUAAAUGGGUUCAUAUGAUCGUCGAUGAGGGUCACCGUAUGAAGAACCAGAACUCCAAGCUCAGCAGCACGAUCACGCAGUACUACACGACGCGGUAUCGAUUGAUCCUGACGGGAACUCCGCUCCAGAACAACCUGACCGAGCUCUGGGCGAUGCUCAACUUUGUUUUGCCGACCAUCUUCAAAUCUGUCAAGUCCUUCGAUGAAUGGUUCAAUACGCCCUUCGCGAAUACCGGUGGUCAAGACAGGAUGGAGCUCAACGAAGAAGAGCAGCUGCUCGUUAUCCGGCGUCUCCACAAGGUUCUGCGUCCAUUCUUGUUGCGUCGUCUCAAGAAGGACGUCGAGAAGGACUUGCCGGACAAGACUGAGCGCGUUAUUAAGUGCAACUUCUCCUCCCUUCAAGCGAAGCUAUAUAAACAGCUUGUAACGCACAACAAGCUCAUAGUGAGCGACGGCAAGGGUGGCAAGACGGGCAUGCGAGGUCUUAGCAACAUGCUGAUGCAGUUGCGAAAGCUCUGCAACCAUCCGUUCGUCUUUGAAGCGGUUGAAGACCAGAUGAACCCCGGUAGAGUCACGAACGACCUCCUCUGGCGAACCGCUGGCAAGUUCGAACUCCUUGACAGGAUAUUGCCCAAGUUUCAGGUUACCGGUCAUCGAGUCCUGAUGUUCUUUCAGAUGACUCAGAUCAUGAACAUCAUGGAAGACUAUCUUCGUCUUAGGGGCAUGCAGUAUCUCCGUCUAGAUGGCUCAACAAAAGCGGAUGACCGGUCCGAGCUCCUCAGGCUGUUCAAUGCGCCGAACUCCCCGUACUUCUGUUUCCUUCUCUCGACCCGCGCUGGUGGUCUUGGUCUUAAUCUGCAGACCGCGGACACUGUCAUCAUCUACGACUCUGACUGGAAUCCUCACCAGGAUCUACAAGCUCAGGAUCGUGCUCAUCGCAUCGGCCAGAAGAACGAGGUCCGCAUUCUUCGUCUCAUCACUUCUAAUUCUGUGGAGGAGAAGAUUCUGGAGCGCGCUAAUUUCAAGCUGGACAUGGACGGAAAAGUCAUUCAGGCCGGUAAAUUCGACAACAAGUCAACCAAUGAGGAACGAGAUGCUAUGCUGCGAAUCAUGUUGGAGUCUGCCGAAGCCGCCGAGAACCUCGAGCAGGAGGAGAUGGACGAUGAUGAUCUGAAUGUGAUCAUGAUGCGGACGGACGACGAGCUUCGGGUCUUCCAGGAGAUGGAUCGUAAGCGUUUUGAAGAUGACAGGUACGGUCCCGGUAAGAAGUACCCGCGUCUUCUGGCCGAAAACGAGCUGCCCGACAUCUACCUCAACGAUGAGAACCCCGUUGUCGAAGAGGUCCAAGAGAUUCCGAUUGGACGAGGCGCCCGAGAGCGAACUCGCGUCAAGUACGAUGACGGUCUCACAGAGGAGCAAUGGCUCGAGGCGGUGGAUAAUGACGAAGACACGAUUGAAGCUGCCAUUGCUCGCAAAGAGGCCAAGAUCGCUAAGCGCUCCAAGAACAAGCUGUCCAGAUUGGGGCAAGACUUGGGAGACUCGCCAGCACCCUCUCGGGAGAGUUCGGAAGAACCGCAGCUACCGAAGAAGCGCGGUCGAAAACCCAAGGCCGAGAAGCGGAAAGCUGAUGAAGCUUCGCUUGACGGCGACACAGCUCCUCGCAAGCGCGGUCGUCCCACCCCAAACAAGGUGCAAGAGACACUUACUCCAGAGCAGCGGACGUUGCUCCAGAAGAUUGUGAAUGAGGUCUACGAGGCCCUGAAUGAUCUCGAGGAGGAGUCUACCGACGAAGACAUUCCGAACCGCGGCAUCAUCGACCCCUUCAUUGAGCUGCCCGACAAGUGGGACUACCCCGACUACUACCAGAUCAUCAAGAACCCCAUCUGCAUGAACCAGGUCAAGAAGAAGAUCAACAAGAAGGAGUACCAGUCUCUCAAGCAAUUUCGCCAGGACAUUGGUCUUCUCUGCAACAACUGCAGGACCUACAACGAGGACACGAGUCUUCUGUAUCAGGAUGCCAAUCUCAUCGAGCAGACGUGUUUGGAGAAGCUGAGGGAGGGCACCGAGAACCAUCCUGAGUGGCAGGACUUCGAUGAUGCGAGUUCGGCAAAUGGAGGCUUGAGUACGGCGAUUACGAGCACGGUCGGGACGCCGCGGGCGAUCUAGGAUGGAUAUUGAGGCAAAUACCCCAUAGACUUCUUGCGACAAUAAUGCGGGUUUCUUAAUGUUGAACGCGCUCGGAGAUUACUACGAAGAGGCGUGUCUCUGCUAUCAUAGCACGGCAGCACACU